GAACAAAAAGACUGGUAACAAAUGAACAAUCCUUUUCAUGAGAAAUCCGAGAUGUACCACAUUAGGAGGAACACCCAGUACGUGACCCAGGGUUUAGACUAUGUCAUUAGGCUACAAAAACCUUAUGACACUAACACAAAACACAAAGGAUAACGUGGUAUUCUAGUCUGGUAGUCGUUUAGAUUAACGUUUUCACAUGAGACUUUGCUCGAAGGGGUGUGAGAGGCCGUAAUUAUCGCCACUUAGUCUGAGCAAAUCCAGUGGCGCGUGUGCCGUGUGAGAGCCCCGCAAAUCACCUGUUGGAGAACAGAGGCGUGUCAUCGUGUACUUUCCCGCGCGUCUCUCGCAGGUGCAGGCGCGCGAGCAGAGGCACGCCAUCUCUUCAUGGAAGCACGAUGUCCGAUAGAUAGCAAACGUGUCCCCGUCGCCAUAGAGUGACAGUCUGAACUUCUUAUGGUUUAGAUGUUGGUAGCCAUUUGAAGUCUUGUUAAAAUACCUGUAAAACGCAACUCGAUUUACGAAUGUCCACUAUCGAUGACGAGUGUCAUGGGAACGGCGGAGAGAAACUUGGAUGGUAACCCGCCCCACGUCUUUGUUUCGGUUCGCUAAGAAAGUUCUACGUUUUUCCCAGAGAUCCGAAAUCAAAGGGGGGAAAAGACAGAACAACGGAGUCGGCUAGUCCUGCACAAACGUACUGACGCAUCCUUAGUAGUACUAACUUUGCAGGUAUCCUAACAUUAGCUUGCUGCAGCUGGUCCUGUGGCUGGAGGAGUCGGUACAUGUUGGGCGAUGGACACGCUGCGAGCGGGGAGCCUUGGAGUCCUACUGAUGUCAGUCUGGGCAUGGAGUCUACCAGGUGAUUCCCAGCGGGUGGAGAUGCCUCGUAAGGAGAUGGAGGUGACUCAGGGACAGGUGGCGGUGCUUCAGGCCUGGUACAGCCCCACCUCCAGCAUCCAGAGGAACACCGUCAUCUGGAACUUCAUGGCCAACGACUCCAAGCAGAUCAUCUCGUACUCGUCUGGGGAGAACGGCAUGGGGAGCCCUGAGUUCCGUAAGCGCGUGGGCUUCGCCAUGUCCAUGCCGUCCACCAACCUCUCCAUCUACAUCAACAACACACAGGAGUCGGACAGCGGCCGCUACCUCUGCAACGUCAUCAUCCCUGGAGCGCCAGGACUCUCAGGAGAGCUCAGGCUCAACGUCAAGGUGCCCCCAUCUCCUCCGGCGUGCUCUAUGACUGGUCGGCCCGUCCUGAAAGGGAACGUGACUCUGAGCUGUAAGUCUGACGCUGGCAAGCCCUCCCCACAGUACAAGUGGACCAGAGUCGCCCCUGUGUCUGAAGUCUACUUCUCUCCCAUGCAGACCUGGAGAACCUGCCCGCAGCCCCUGCUCGUGCUGGGGUACCUGGAUGAGAGGCAGGGCAGCCUGAGGCUCAAUAACCUCACCAAGAGCAUGUCUGGGAAAUAUGUGUGUCGCGCCAGCAACACCGCCGGAGCGGAGAGCUGCUACAUCAACCUGGAGGUGUCUGCUCCCACCAGUGCCGGGGUGAUAGCGGGAGCUGUCGUGGGGUCAGUGGUCGGGCUGGUGGCCAUCUUCCUCUUCCUCAUCUUCAUUUUCAGAAGGAGGCGGGACACGGAAGAGGAGAUAGCCAAUGAGAUCAAGGAAGACGCCCAGGCUCCGAAGCGUGUGUCCUGGGCGAAGAGUGGCACGGGCUCUGACAUCAUCUCCAAAAACGGCACGCUGUCCUCCAUCGCCACCAGUCCUCCUCCUCACGAGUCCAUGGACCAGCUGCAUCAUCAUCAUCAUCACCAUCACAACCAGCAGCCGCCGCCUAGCAACCACUACAGCUACGCCCCGCCCCGAGAGCUGACCCCCGACCCUGUGGCCGUGGCGGGGUACCGCCUGCGCCCGGGCGAGCCCAACCCGCUGCACGGCCUGCCGGGGUACAAUGCCAGCGGCUCCCCCCUGCUCCAGCACACACACACACACACACCCCGCCCCCCCAGUGCAAGCAGCUCCCGCCACAUCACUGCAAACGGCCCAGCCCAUCAAAUGCGCCGCACCAGUGUGGCUGACCCACCCCUAAGCCCUCAUCCAAUCAGUGCUAACAGCCCCAUUCAUGCAUCCAGUCCCCGACCAAUCACUGCUAACGGUCCCAUUCAUGCAUCUAGUCCCCGACCAAUCACUGCUAACGGUCCCAUUCAUGCAUCCAGUCCCCGACCAAUCACUGCUAACGGUCCCAUUCAUGCAUCCAGUCCCCGACCAAUCACUGCUAACGGUCCCAUUCAUGCAUCCAGUCCCCGACCAAUGAGUGCUAACGGUCCCAUUCAUGCAUCCAGUCCCCGACCAAUCACUGCUAACGGUCCCAUUCAUGCAUCCAGUCCCCGACCAAUCAGUGCUAACGGUCCCAUUCAUGCAUCCAGUCCCCGACCAAUCACUGCUAACGGUCCCAUUCAUGCAUCCAGUCCCCGACCAAUCACUGCUAACGGUCCCAUUCAUGCAUCCAGUCCCCGACCAAUCAGUGCUAACGGUCCCAUUCAUGCAUCCAGUCCCCGACCAAUCAGUGCUAACGGUCCUAUUCAUGCAUCCAGUCCCCGACCAAUCAGUGCUAACGGUCCUAUUCAUGCAUCCAGUCCCCGACCAAUCAGUGCUAACGGUCCCGUCCACACAUCCAGCGCCCGACCAAUCAGUGCUCUCAGCCCCACCCCAGACACCCUCCACAGGACUGAUGGGGCCGAGCCACAGGCUCCGCCCCUGGCCACGCCCCAGAUGAUACACCCACAAUACCAAACCCUGCCAUCAGUCGUCUCCAUGGCAACACUCACGCGCUCGGGGGCGGUCCCUGUCAUGGUCCCUGUCAUGGUCCCGGCCCAGAGCCAUGCAGGUUCUCUGGUGUAGCUGGACUAGACUCCUCCAGACCGGACUGGACUGUCUGACAUUGGCACCCAGGAGACUGCCAGCUCUGGCCCUGGCCUGGCCCUGGUCUGGCCCCGGUCUGGCCCUGGUCUGGCCCUGGUCUGGUGUGGAUAAAGGGAUGUGAUAAGAGGGCAGUUUGACCUGCGACCCCUGAACCCCUCAGCCUGUGACUGCCCAGAGGAGAGGAAUGGACUGCAUUUCUAGAGCGAUUUUUUACUUAGAGAUCGUCACCUUCCGAAUGCUGAACGACUCCUCUACCUCCUGAACCACUGUCGCCCCUUGUCGAGAGGAGAGGAGAGGAGAGGAAAGGAGGAGAUGAAAGGAGAGCAAGAGAAGAGGAGAGGAGAGGAGAGUUAUUUAAAAUGCACCUCACUGGACAAGGCUGAGCUUCUGUGCUUUGAUUUUUUUGUAUUCCAAACGAACCCAAGUCUAUAGUUACUGCAUCUGUACACCACCAUAUCUCUACAGCUCUUUUGCAGUAUAAUCUUUUUACACAGUGUACAGUACUGUUUGAUUUCUUUUCUUUUUCGUGUCGAGCAGUGUUUUGAUUCAAGCCCAGUUCGGCAUUGACAAGUGUGUUAUCGUGAUGAGUGUGUUAUCAUGACGAGUGUGUUAUCGUGACGAGUGUGUUAUCAUGACGAGUGUGUUAUCGUGACGAGUGUGUUAUGAGAGGUGCAUUAUACAGAAUGUUACUGCUGUAAGAGCUGUUUCUGUUUCUUUUAAUUAAAAUGUCUUGGACUUGA